ACUGUCUCAACGACGCUGCACAAAAAUACGUAAACAUAACCUUUGACGUUCAUCGUGUUCUUUCAAUCACGACAGAGCGAUUCCUGGACGACAGUUUGUCACUUUCAAGAAAAAUGGACGAGGAGAUGGAUGUCGCGAACGAGGAAAAUCAGGCGAAAGCCUAUCGAGAAAAAGUCCCGAAUGAAGUCGAGGAAGAAUUGACAAGGGACGAAAUGGAGGAAGAAGCCGAUGAGAAGAUCGACAGCGGAUCUGACAGCGACGACGAUGAGGCUGUCGAUGAGGCAGAAGUAAAAUCCUUGCAAACUUGCCUGGCAGAGAAUCCAUAUGAUUAUGCCACCCACGUAGCUCUGAUCAACAAGUUGCAUAAAAUGGGUGAACUGGAUCGUCUGCGAACCGCCCGGGACAAUAUGAGCAACAUGUAUCCUUUGAGUCCCGAUCUUUGGCUUUCCUGUAUGCAAGACGAGAUCAAGCUGGCAGUCACCCCGGAGCAGAAGGCCGAGAUAGUAAAACUAUGCGAGCGAGCUGUUAAGGAUUACGCUUCUGUGGAGGUAUGGUUGGAAUACUUGCACUUUAGUAUUGGAAAUAUGGGGACAGAAAAGAAUGCGGCUGAGAAUGUUCGAGAGCUUUUUGAACGUGCGCUGACUGCAGUUGGAUUGCACACUAUGAAAGGAGCGAUAAUAUGGGAAGCGUUUCGAGAAUUUGAAACUAUUUUACUCACAUUGAUUGAUACCUCAAAUGUGACAGAAAAGAAGGAACAGUUGGGACGUAUUGGCAAUUUAUUCCGGCGUCAAUUAGCAUGUCCUCUUUUAGAUAUGAAAAAAACUUAUGAGGAAUAUCAAUCCUGGCGUACAGAAGAUGGUGCAGAAGCUGUUAUUGAUGACAAGAUUGUGUUAAGAGGAUAUGAACAAGCUUCCACAAAGUUGAACUUGCUUAUUCCUUAUGAAGAAAAGCUCAAAUCUGCACAAGGAGAAAACGAGCUGCUUGAUGCUUACAAAGGAUACUUACUAUACGAAAAACAACGUCCUGAUCCAGGACGUAUUACUGUUCUGUAUGAAAGGGCAGUAACUGAUCUAAGUUUAGAAGAGUCAAUUUGGUUGGACUAUCUUACUUAUCUUGAAGAUACGAUAAAAAUUGAAUCUGUACUAGAUCCAGUUUAUCAGAGAGCAUCAAGAAACAUUCCAUGGUGUUCAAAAAUUUGGCAAAAAUGGAUACGGUCGUAUGAAAAAUGGGAAAGACCUAUAUUGGAAGUACAAAAAUUAUUAGAGAAUGCCUUAUCAAAUGGCUUCUCGAUAGCAGAGGAUUAUCGAAAUUUGUGGAUUACAUAUCUUGAAUAUUUGCGACGAAGAAUCGAACGAUGUUCCGAUGAAGAGAAAGAGAAACAUCUAGAUGUUAUUCGUAAUACUUUCAAUAAAGCAUGCGAGCAUUUGGCAAAGUAUUUUGGUUUGGAUGGUGAUCCCAAUUGCAUUAUCUUGCAAUAUUGGGCAAGAACUGAAGCGAUACAUGCAAAUAACAUGGAAAAGGCUAGAACAUUAUGGGCCGAUAUUCUUUCACAAGGACAUUCUGCGACGGUUUCUUUUUGGUUGGAAUAUAUAUCGCUAGAAAAAUGUUAUGGAGAUACAAAACAUUUAAGAAAACUGUAUCAGAAAGCUCUGUCUUCUACAAAAGAUUGGCCAGAAAGUAUAAUAACUGCAUGGAUAGAUUUUGAACGUGACGAAGGUACUUUAGAGCAAAUGGAGCUUUGUGAGGCAAAGACGAAGGAGAAGCUUAAUAAAGUUAAGGAAGAAAGGCAGAAAGCACAGCAAGCUCUUUCUCAAGAUGAAUCAUCCACGCAAAACAAGAAAGCGAAUAAAAGAAAGGCGAAUGAAAUUGGUAGAUGGCAAACUUUAGGAGCUUCUCCAUCAAAACUUAUAAAAACUGAUGUACAAACGAAACCUAAAUUACGUGAAAGCCGCUUGAAUUUUGAUGCUAAAGAAACAAACAAUAGAAAUCAAGAGGAAUCGAGAUCAGAUAUCGCACCACCGCCGGGUUAUAAAACGACAAAAGAUAAUGAUGCAGAAGAUAAAAAUAGCCAUGAAGUGAAUAAUAAUAUUACAGUUUUUGUCAGCAAUUUAGAUUAUACAGCGACUGAAGACGAAGUAAGAGACAUUCUGCAAUCAGUUGGACCAAUAACAUUAUUCAAGAUGAUUAAAGAUUAUAAAGGACGUAGCAAAGGAUACUGCUAUGUACAAUUGAGCAACGCAGAAGCUGUGGAAGAAGCUUUAAAAUUAGAUAGGACACCUUUAAAAGGACGUCCUAUGUUUGUCUCAAGAUGCGAUCCUAAUAAGGGUACAAGAAGUUCUGGAUUCAAAUUUAGCUCUACGCUCGAAAAAAAUAAACUUUUUGUUAAAGGACUUCCGCCUACUACGACGAAAGAAGAACUCGAGGAAAUAUUUAAAGUUCACGGAGACUUGAAGGAGGUUCGUCUAGUUACUUAUCGUAAUGGACAUUCGAAGGGCUUAGCUUAUGUCGAGUAUCACGAUGAAGCAACUGCUGCGAAAGCUCUUUUGGCUACCGAUGGUAUGAACGUUCAGGACAAAGUGAUCAGCGUCGCGAUAAGUCAACCACCCGAUCGCAAAAAAACGGAGGAAAAUGAGAGACAGAUCAAAUCAUUGGGUGGAACUACGACAAGCCGUACGACAUUUGGUCUACCCAAGACUUUACUAUCUAUGAUACCGCGUAAUGUUAAAACGAGUAACAGUAAUGGUAGCACGGCUCCGAGUAGAAAUGGAGUCGGACAGUCGAUGAGCAAUAAGGAUUUCAAGAAUAUGUUUCUUAAAAAAAAAUAACUUAGUAUUACAUAUAAUCAUGCCUCGGUCUAUCGACAAUGUGACCAUGCAUGAAUACAAUAUUUUAUGUAUCACUAUGUGCUGUUACAUUGAAUUAAAGAUUAAUUUGAUAAAAGUGCAAAUACAGGAUAUGUAUUUAAAAAUUAAAUGUGUAAUAAGUAAGUUAUGGAAAGUUCUAUACGUUAAACAAUCGUAUAAAUUGUACACUACUAUUUAUACACUACAAAAAUUUCCUUCAUGCAAAUACUAAAAUCUAUAUA